UGAGAGGAGAGUGGGAGAAACUGAAAGAGAGUAGGAGGAAUGAAAAUAAGAGUUUAUAUGCAAGUCAGCAUCACAACUGGAUGCACAGCAUUUCAACAGCACAGACCUUUAUGUUAUGUAAAGCAAGGGGUGUCUGAAGAAACCACCCAAUAGUACCCCAGUCAAUAUGAAGCUACAAGUCUCCUUUGAGUCCUAAAUCAUUUUCCUCAUCACAAAAACUAUUAGCACCUUACUCAGCUGAACUUUAAUCAUCCAGCAAGUGUUUAUGCCCUCAAAAUAUCUUCACAGCGUUUUCUGAAAACAUCUCAUAUGGUCUCAUUCUUCCCCAUAAGCAAAUUUCCACCAUAAACAAUGCAAUGUUAUUGACAUUUCGCCACAACUACUAAACAAGUCGUUUUAACUAGAGAAAGAGGACAGCACAGCAUUUAUGUCAAAUUUGAUACUGCACGAUCUUUGUUGUGCUCAUGGCAAAAAACACAAGUUCCUCCUCAGUCUUCGAAAAAUGGGAUUCCGUACCAAAUGAACAGCCAUCCGAGCCCAUUUUUAAAAUCCCUUCACCCUUUUGGAAUCAGGAUUUAAUCUACAGAAGAUCUAGACAAGUACGUGAAUCCACACCUGAUGUUGUCACAGAUGGAUUUAACAUGUAUACUUACAGGUGUGAUUUAGGCCCUGUCACAAGCCCAGACCUCUCAUGUGUCAUAGGAGCAAAUCAGAUCCACCCUUCACCGAGCCUGAACUCUACUAGCAGUAGGUAUUUAUCACCUUCAUCGAAAUUACUUGUCAGUGACCCAAAUGCGCUGCACAGUAUCGGAAGGGGUACUUCAUACUGGAGUUAUUUAACUCCAGAAGUAGGACAUGGACUUGUCAAAGGUUUCAGAAAGCUGCAUAAUCCACAAAUCGACCCACUGCCGGCUUCAUAUUUUUAUAGAGGGUUUGUUAGGGAUACUCUAAGAAGAGAUAUUCCAAAUGAGGAAGUCAAAAUGUGCAUGCAAAAAGAGAGACCGAGAUAUUCACAUUGGUACCACGAACCACAAAGUCAGAGAAUCUGCUCUAAAAGAGAUCGUGGGAGACAUUAUGAGAAAAACAACCCACUGCUAGGUUCUUUAUUACAUACAGAUUAUAAUAAAGAAUAUUUUAAACACAAUAUCAAGUACAACCAUCACCAGCCACUCAAUUUGAACGACUCUACUCAUGCUGUGCCUGAAGAAUCACAGCGGGAAAGUGAAACGCAAACAAGAAAGGAGCUCCCCCUGUUGGUCUGGAGAGGAGAAGCAGAAAAACACAAUCUCCAAACAAACACUAGCUCACAGUCUAAAUCCUCCUCUUCUGCCCUUUGGGUUCUCCGUCGCUUUGCAGAAGGCACUUUGGUUGAGCUUGAGGGCGGCCGGCUGAAGCGGGUGGAGGAUUUAAAGAUGGAGGAUAUGGAGCAGUGUGCUCAGUUACAUCCUGGGCUGAUGCUGAAGCGUUUCACUGUGUUGAAGAUGAUUCCCUCACACACCCCAACGCUCUCAUGUUUAUGUGUAGAGAUUGAGCAUGACCACUCAGAGUUGUCACUAGAGGUGAGUGAAGGGCUUCCCUUCUUCGUUUGUGGUCAUGGCUGGUCCUCCUGUAACCCUCAACAUACAAGUCAAACCUGCAGACUACAAUGCCGCCAACUAAAGGUGGGUGACAUGUGCCUGGCACUGACGCAUAUGGCCGCCUCUUCAUCUCAGCCUGCCAAUCAGAGCCUAGCUGAAGUGAGUGGAGAUCCUCCGGCCCCAAAGUGUCAUGCCGAAAAUAACCCCACACUGCAGAAAAAACAUCAGUCACGAAAGAGACACUUCACAGCUCCUGAACUCAGGGAAAUUUCCAAGGUACACAACAUUGAAAAUUGAGCAACUAAAUGCUAAGUCAUAUAUUGUAGAAUUUUAUUGAAGUUUUCACUUACUUUUUUUAUUGUACAUUGUAAAUACCAUGUUUUGCAAAUAUAAGUGUGUACAUAGUAACUGCAAUGUUACCAAUUCAAUUACACUACCGUUCAAAGGUUUAGGGUCAGUGAGUUUAUUUAUUUUUUUAAAUAAAUAAAUAUUUUUUAAAGACAAUAUUUUAUUUAUUAAAUUGGUCAAAAGUGGCAGGACAUUUAUUUUUACAUUGCUAGAAAUAAAAUCUAUUUAAAAUCUAUGCAUUUAUUUUACACUUUACAAGUGUUUUUUUAUUUACAAGAAUCCAGCAAAAAAAUGUAAUUUUAAUAAUUUACACAAAAAUACUAAGUAGCACAAUGAUUUUUCAACAUUGAUAGUAAUAAGAAUUAUGAAGGAUCAUGUGACAGACUGACAAGACAUGAAGACUGGAGUAAUGGCUGCUGAAAAUGUAUUUUUGAUAUAACAGGAAUUAAAUCUUGAAAAAUAUUAUAAUUAAAAAAAACAAUGCAAUAUAAUAACAUUUCUCGAUAUUACUGUAUUUUGAUCUAAUCAAUGCAGCAUAGGCGAGCAAAAGAAACUUCCUUCAAACAUUAAAAAUUAAUUAAUUAAUCUUACAGACCCCAAAACUUUUGAACAGUAGUUUAUUUUGUCACAAAAUACAUAUCAGACCUCCUUAAAACAUUCUUACAACAACUAACAACCAAAUUGGAUAUUACAGUAGUUAUUUUUGCAGUCUAUAAUUUCCUGUAUGCACAUACACUGGUAUCAAGAACAUGCUAAAAACCCUGUACAAUAUCUGAUAUUCAACUUUUUGACACUGGACUUCAUGGGCUUCUGUUAAAAUUGGUGAAAAAUCUAUAUACCUGUGUACUUCUAAAAGCUGACAAAAUAAACAGCAUAUAUAUGCAAAUAAUAUUUAUUUCCUGUUCAUGGGUGUGUGUGUGUGUGUGU